ACCCCGAGCCCCUGCGUGGCUUGUGCUUGAGAGCCUACUUGCGGGUUGUGUAUAUUCCAGGACCUCGUGGGUCCACCGGCCCGAAGUUUGACCUGACAGAAAAGUGGGCGCGGAGGGACUCCUGUACUGCGAGGAGCAUCAGGCUCUCACUGCCUUGCUAACGCUGCUGCUGUGAGCUGCACCCGUCUUCAGACAAGGCCUAUCCAGUCGCCGCCGCUGCGUACGGCCACCAACAUGCCUCCACACAGCAAGAAACCCCUCCUCCUCCUUGCCGCGACCCUCGCCGCCCUCCUCCCGCCGCGAGCUCGGUCGGCGAUGAUAGUCCCCCUGAUCCCGCCCCCCUACGAUGAGCAGUUCUCCGGAGAUGCCACGUACUACGGGGUCACCCCCGACGGGGACGGCAACUGCGCGAUCCGAUCCCCGCUCCCGGAGAUGUACGACGGGAUGAUCCCGGUCGCCCUGAACGACGAGCAGUACGCGGACUCGUACAUGUGCGGCGCGUGCAUCGAGGGGGAGGGCUUUGGGGAGGGGGAGGGCAGGGACCCCGUGGAAGGGGCGUUCAAGGCGUACGUGACAGACAGGUGCCCAGAAUGCUUGUUCGGCGAUCUGGACUUUGCCGCGGACGGAGACGGUCGGUGGGACAUCUCGUGGCACUUCGUCCCCUGUGAGGGUGGCUCUGACCAGACGUUCCUCUUUGAGGGCAGCAACGAGUUCUACUGGAAGAUCCAGCCCCGCGGAGGGCGGUCGCCGGUGGAGAGGCUCUGGAUCAACGGGGACGAAGCCGAACGCUCGGAGGAUAACUUUUUCAUUCUCGAGGGAGGACCGUUCGACGGAGAGCAAGAGGUGCACACCAAGACUGUGCUCAACAAGCGGAGAAGGCAGAGCGUGGCCAUGGAGUAGAUCUACCUCACCACCGAGACUGCUGUGCAGAAGAGGAGGGGAUAAGCUCGCGAGCAAGACCGUCUUGUAACGGGAGGAGGAAGCACAGCGUUGCCGCUAUGGAGUAGCCCUGAGAAAGGGAGGCAGCAGAGCGUCGCUGUCAUGGUGUACCUUGCAGCAAGGCUGCCUGGAACAGGAGGAGAACGCAGAGCGCUGCUGCCAUGGAGUAGCCCUGAACGAGCAAGGGGAGAAAGCAGAGCGCUGCUGCCAUGGAGUAGCCCUGAACGAACAAGGGGAGAAAGCAGAGCGUUGUUGCCAUGGUGCAGCUCACAGCAAGGCUGCCUGGAACAGGAGGCGAAAGCAGAGCGCUGCUGCCAUGGAGUAGCCCUGAACGAACAGGAGGAGAAAGCAGAGCGUUGCUGCCAUGGUGCAGCUCACGCCAAGACUGCGGAGGGAGAGGGGAAAGCAAAGCGUGGCCAUGGUGAUCCUCGCAGCAAUACUGUCCUGAAGAAGAUGAGAAAGCAAGAGCGUUGCUGCCUUGGAGUAGAUCGUACCAAGACUCUGUCCUGCAGAAGAAGAGCGUUGCCGUGUACAGCGGUAUUUCCAAGUACCACUUGCUUUCUUUUCUUGGCUAGGGUCGCCUUCAACAGUCGUGCUGGGCACUUCUGUCUCGGUUCCACUUUAUUGUCGAACUUUCCGAUCCUUUGCGAUACGUCCAUUAGUGCAAGUUAGUUGUAUAUUUUUAUCGUGCUGUUUUUCGUCGUAUUGUCGUGGGUCAUCGUGGAAUCGUAACGGUGCCCCGUAAUAGCCUUAGUCUCUAGUCGUUCUUUGACUAUUUUGUCACCUUCUUGGCCUGUACAGCAGUAGGGACUAAGAGGUAGGAUACGAACAUCAUGUUCGGGUCCGGUUCCAAUUGUUUUUCGUCGCCACCGUCGAGUACAGGCUAUUUACACUAUAUAUUAUGUUGGUGUAGGGUCCUCUCGAUUCACUUGUCUCUUACUUCGUUAACAUAAUAUCUACCAUAUAAUUUAGCCUUUUUUUAAUUGUUUUUUUACUUGCCCGUUUAGCCCGUUUAUCUGUGUGUCUCGUAGUGGUAGCUCGGCGUACUCAUGUGGUGUCACUCACAACUAUUCGGCCCUUCACCAUUCGGUGACGCUAUGGGUACAUUUGUUUUUGCCGUCCGAAGGGCGCGUGCUUCGGAAGCGGUGACAUCACCGAAUCCACCCGCAUCUUCGUCGUAUACAGCAGUUGUGUGUAAAUUCGGUCCUUGAGUUUUGAUUAUGGGGGCAUGGGGCAAAUAGUAAACAGAAUGACCUACUUUCAUGUCUUGAGGUAUCGUGUAGGGCCUCGGUGUUCCCCUCCCCCCCCCCUCCGAUGACACUGAUGCCGGGCUUCGUACUGCCGUGCCUCGUGUGUUGCACUGGCUAGGCGGCGGGUCGGGCCGUUCGCCGCCGACCAUUCGACGAGAGCUGCUAACUACUGCUGUAGUCCUGCGUGUCGUGUACCACCGAAAACAAGGCCUCUAUCGUCUUCGUGGGGGGGGGGAAGGGGGGUUGUCCGUAUUUUGCCCGUUGGGAAGUAUUCCUGGGAGAUUUUUUCAUAUUUUCGGGAAAGGAUUCGAGGUACUGCUGUAAAGAGUAGGUGUAACUUGCCAUUUUCGGGUCAAUGGCGGUAAAUGGGGGAUGUCGUGAUUUUUAACCGUUGAUGAAUGUCUAAUUCUGCGUGUCGCAAGUAGUGUUGCGAACUGCUUUCGUACGGCAACGCUACAGCUGGCCUCUUCGUGCUCUCGGAGCGUUCUUGUCAACAUCGACACGUGUCGUCAAGGAUCAUGUCGCGAAUCGGCAAAUCGACGAUCAAGGGACGACUUUUUGGCU